GCCCCAGCUGCCGCCCGCCCGCUAGUCUGUGCAGCGGCUAUGCCCGGAGCCUCGACCCCAGCCCCGGUCCCCGGCCCGCCGCGUAAUUAGCCUACGCGCGCCCAGAGCGCGCCGCCGCCAACGCCGCGCCCGGCGCGGAGAUGGGCAACACGGUGCACAGGACCCUGCCAGACUCCAGCCCUCCCGCGCGCCUCCUGGCCACCCGGCCAUGCUGCGGUCCUGGUCCAGAGCGGCGCCAGGUUCUUGGCGAGGCGCCGCGCUUCCACACGCAGGCCAAGGGCAAGAACGUGCGCCUGGACGGCCACUCCCGCCGGGCCACGCGGCGCAACAGCUUCUGCAAUGGCGUCACCUUCACGCAGCGGCCUAUCCGGCUGUACGAGCAGGUGCGGCUACGCCUAGUGGCGGUGCGCCCUGGCUGGAGUGGCGCUCUACGCUUUGGCUUCACAGCUCACGAUCCGUCGCUCAUGAGUGCUCAGGACAUCCCCAAGUACGCCUGCCCGGAUCUGGUCACGCGGCCUGGCUACUGGGCCAAGGCGCUGCCUGAGAACCUAGCGCUGCGCGACACUGUGUUGGCCUACUGGGCAGAUCGCCACGGCCGCGUCUUCUACACCGUCAAUGACGGAGAGCCGGUGCUCUUCCACUGUGGCGUGGCUGUGGGCGGCCCGCUCUGGGCGCUCAUCGACGUCUACGGCAUCACAGACGAGGUGCAGCUCCUCGAGAGCGCCUUCGCCGACACGCUGACGUCCACGCGCCUCAGCCAGGCCCGGUUCAGCACCUGCCCAUCGCCCAGCAGCCACGACGCCGCCAACUUCGACAACAACGAGCUCGAGAACAACCAGGUGGUGGCCAAGCUGGGCCACCUGGCGCUGGGCCGUGCUCCGGGCCCGCUGCCCGCCGACGUCGCGGCUGCGGCCAUCCCGUGCGGGCCCCGCGACCGCCCGCGGCCCGCGUCAUCGCCGGCGCUGCUGGAGGCCGACCUGCGCUUCCACGCGACGCGCGGGCCCGACGUGAGCCUGUCGGCAGACCGCAAAGUGGCCUGCGCGCCGCGGCCCGACGGCGGCCGCACGCUCGUCUUCUCCGAGCGCCCGCUGCGGCCCGGCGAGAGCCUCUUCGUGGAGGUGGGUCGUCCAGGGCUGGCGGCGCCCGGGGCGCUGGCCUUCGGCAUCACGUCCUGCGACCCGGGCGGGCUGCGGCCCAACGAGCUGCCCGCUGACCCCGACGCGCUGCUCGACCGCAAGGAGUACUGGGUGGUGGCGCGCGCGGGGCCCGUACCGGCCGGCGGCGACGCGCUCAGCUUCACGCUGCGGCCCGGCGGCGACGUGCUCCUGGGCGUCAACGGGCGCCCGCGCGGCCGCCUGCUGUGCGUCGACACUACGCAGGCGCUCUGGGCCUUCUUUGCGGUGCGCGGCGGCGCGGCAGGCCAGCUGCGCCUCCUAGGUACCCUGCAGUCCAGUCCCACGACCACGACUCCUUCAGGGUCCCUCAGUGGCUCCCAAGAUGACAGUGAUUCAGACAUGACCUUCAGUGUCAACCAGUCCUCCUCGGCAUCUGAGUCAUCCCUGGUGACAGCCCCCAGCUCCCCACUGAGCCCCCCAGUGUCUCCCGUGUUCUCCCCACCGGAGCCAGCAGGCAGCAAGAAUGGCGAGUGCACGGUGUGCUUCGAUGGCGAGGUGGACACAGUCAUCUACACGUGUGGACACAUGUGCUUGUGCCACAGCUGUGGUCUGCGGCUCAAGCGGCAAGCUCGUGCCUGCUGCCCCAUCUGUCGGCGGCCCAUCAAGGACGUCAUUAAGAUCUACAGGCCAUAGCCGGGCCUGCCCACAGGCCUUGGCCAGAGCAGGGUCACCUUUCU